GGCGCGGCGGCGGCGGCGCGGCGGGGGCGAGCGGCGGGCGGCGGGCGCGGGAUGGCCGCGGCCACCUCUAACCCCUACCUCCCCGGCAACGGCAUCCUGGCGGCCGGCUCCAUCGUCCACGCCGACUCGGGCGGCGGCGGCGGCGGCGGCGGCGGCGGCAUGCAGCCGGGCAGCGUGGCCGUCACCUCGGUGGCGGGGGGCUACCGCGGCGACCCGGCGGCCAAGAUGGUCCAGAGCGACUUCAUGCCGGGCGCCAUGGCCGCCAGCAACGGCGGCCAUAUGCUGAGCCAUGCCCACCAGUGGGUGACAGCCCUGCCCCACGCCGCCGCCGCCGCCGCCGCCGCCGCCGCCGCCGCCGCCGAAGCGGGCUCGCCCUGGUCCGGCAGCCCCGUGGGCAUGACGGGCAGCCCCCAGCAGCCGCCGCCGCCGCCCGACGUCAAGGGCAGCGGCGGGCGCGACGACCUGCACUCGGGCGCGGCGUUGCACCACCGGCCGCCCCACCUGGGCCCCCCGCACCAGGGGCACCCGGCGGCCUGGGGGGCGGCGGCGGCCGCCCACCUGCCCUCCAUGGCCGGCGGGCAGCAGCAGCAGCAGUCGCUCCUCUACUCGCAGCCCGGGGGCUUCACGGUGAACGGCAUGCUGAGCCCCCCCCCCGGCGGGCAGAGCCUGGUGCACCCCGGGCUGGUGCGGGGCGAGACGCCGGAGCUGGGCGAGCAUCCCGGGCACCACCACCACCACCACCACCAGCACCCCGGGCACCACCCGCCGCACCACGGCGGCGUCAACAGCCACGACCCGCACUCGGACGAGGACACGCCGACCUCCGACGACCUGGAGCAGUUCGCCAAGCAGUUCAAGCAGCGGCGGAUUAAGCUGGGCUUCACCCAGGCCGACGUGGGGCUGGCGCUGGGCACCCUCUACGGCAACGUCUUCUCGCAGACCACCAUCUGCCGCUUCGAGGCCCUGCAGCUCAGCUUCAAGAACAUGUGCAAGCUGAAGCCUUUGUUGAACAAGUGGCUGGAGGAAGCCGACUCCUCCACGGGCAGCCCCACCAGCAUCGACAAGAUCGCCGCCCAGGGCAGGAAGAGGAAGAAGCGGACCUCCAUCGAGGUGAGUGUCAAGGGGGCCUUGGAGAGCCACUUUCUGAAAUGCCCCAAGCCCUCCGCCCAGGAGAUUACGAACCUAGCGGACAGCCUGCAGCUGGAGAAGGAGGUGGUCAGGGUUUGGUUUUGCAAUCGGAGGCAGAAAGAGAAACGGAUGACCCCGCCGGGGAUCCAGCAGCAGACCCCCGACGAUGUCUACUCCCAGGUCGGCACCGUCAACUCCGACACGCCGCCCCCUCACCACGGACUGCAGACCAGCGUGCAGUGAGGGGCACCGCGGGCGGGCCGGGGGCGCGGGGGCAGCCAGGGCCGGGCCGGGCCGGGCACCGCCGCCGGCACCGGCAUCGCCACCGGCAACCGGCGCCGCCGCGCACAGCCGCACGCUGACACAGACACACUCACACACACGCACGCACACACACACACACACACACACGAUCCAGGCUCGUUCAGACUGCUUGUGUUUAUAUAUAUAUGGAUAUCCGCGUGCAUCUAUAUAUAUAUAUAUAAGAUCGAUACCGACAGGGAGCGGUGGAGAAGGUCGAUCCGAGCGAGAGCGUUUUAGACCGUGUUUGGGAAAACGGGGUGGAGAUGCGUAAUGCACCAAAACUGCAGAUGUGCCGGGGGGGGGGGUUGGUUGCGGGGAGAGGGUUUGGGUGGGUGGGCUUGGGCUUUUUUUUUUUUUUUAAUUAUUAUUAUUAUUAUUUUUAUUUUUCACUCUCCAAAUUAGCCCCCCUCUCGCAGCGAGGAACAUCAUUGAUGUCUGCACCUCUUCUCUCCCCUCCUCCGCCCCCCCUCCCCGCACUCUCCCCCCUAUCCCCAAAAGGGCUCUCUUCUAUGAAUCACGGAAACUUUUUUCUCCUUUCUCUCUCCCUCUCCCCCCCUUCCUUUUUCUUUUCUUUUUUUGUUUGUUUGUUUUGUUUUCUUUUUUUGAAUGGGAGCUAUCCAAAAAAAUAAAAAGGGAAGCAGAAGCAAAAUAAUCUGGUUAAUCAGAGGGUGCCUGCUGCAUUCCAGCACCCUGUUUUUCUUGGCCAAACCGUAGAAUUUUGGUGCAAGGCAGACAUCCACUCUGAAAACAUAUAUAUCUAUAUAUCUAUAUAUUCUGCAAAAUGAAAGGGGCCACUUUUUCCAGGAAAGAAAAAAAAAAUAAAAUAUGCACACAGCACUAAAAACAAGCAGACUGCAUAGGGAAGCAAAUACAUAUAUAUAUAUUUAUCUAUAUAUAUAGGUAUAGCUAUAGAACAAAAAUAUGGAAAUAAAUGCCCGCACGCCGAAAAACUGACCCUGAGGAGAAAGGGGGGAGGGACAGACGCCGGGGGGAGGGUGGGAGAAGGAGAGGUUGUUGGUCCCUAAAGUUCGAGCUCUGUAGAAGGACUUUGCAUGAAUUAAGGGAACCAGCGAGAGAAAGGGAAAUAAUUUAAGGCUGUCAAAGUCCUGCUCCUGACGGCUGCCAAUCAUCAUGGAAGAGUCAUAAAAAAAAAUCCACUGCUAAUAUUUUUUUUAUUAAUAUUUUUAUUUUUUAUUUCUGGACUGAUUCAGAUAAAGGGAUUUAGAAGGACUGAGCAUCUGCAGCUGCACUUAUCUGAACUUCUCCUCUCCUAAAUCCGUUGCCAACUUUGAUUGAAUGGGUGCUGUGGAUGUGAUUAUAUAAUACUGCCAUUUCCAAGCAGUGUUUUUGGUAGGUUUUAAUAAACAGACUUUUCAAAAAGACGGCAAUAUAGAAUUGUUAGAUCCGUUGUUGAUCUAAAAAAAAUUUGCUUUAUAUUUUCAUUAAAUGACUUCUUUUAAUAUUUUAUUCAGAAUACCUAUGAACUGCUGCAAAACGGUAAUUUAUUUUUUCCCCAGAUCUUGUAUUACGUGUUUUUUUCAGACGAGCACAAAUCAAAAUGAAAUGAAAAUAUGGACAGUUGUUAGGUAAUAAGGGUAUCUUUUGAUGUGAUAAUUUGAUUGUAAUUUAAUUUGAGUAGUGAUUCCGUAAGAGCUGAUUGAGAAAAUAAAUUUGUUAGAAUGAAA